CGUCCAACGGUCGAUUUUCCACUGGCCGGAUUUCUGCACGCUGCUUCUCCAUUUUUUUUUCCUUGUCGACAAGACCUUCGAGCAUCAUCCUCGGACUUUAUUUUGAAAAAGUUGUUCAUCAAGGCCUAAGGAGAUGGAGGAAAACAGAAGGGCGAUGCGUGGCAGAUCAAGGGGACGUUGCAGGCCGUCAGACACCGGCCUGGGGCGCGGCGAUGGAAUAAGUCGAGGUGGGAAAUCAAGGCAGAUGUGCAUCGCAAGAGAUUUAGAUUCGAUGUCAAUAUCAAGUUUUGGGUCGGGUGAUGGUCCAAAUACGGGGCAGUUGUCUAGUCCAGCUCCAUCUAGGGGUAAUUUUCGCGGUCGGAAACCGCUGAGCCUCGACACGAUCAAUACAAAACCAGUCGGGCUGAUGAACAAAAAAGGAUGUUCUGGCGACCCGGUUGACCUCACGGCGAAUUUUUUCGCCCUUCUAACCCACACAGAUUGGUCGCUGUAUCAGUACAGGGUGGACUUCGCGCCGGAGGAAGACAGGACCCAGAUGCGUAAAGCGCUGCUGCGCGUACACAAGGAAAUUCUAGGCGGAUACAUAUUCGACGGGACAGUUCUGUUUGUUUCUCACCGAUUACAACCCGAACCGUUGGAAUUAUAUUCGAAACGUGACAGCGACCAGGCGAAAAUAAGAAUUCUAGUCAAAAAAGCCGGCGACCUUGUCAUGGGCGAUCCUCAUUACAUACAACUCUUCAACAUACUCAUGAGGAAGUGCUUGGACAAUCUCAACUUGCAGAUAGUCGGGCGGAAUUUCUUCGACGCAUCAGCGAAGGUUGAAAUCAGAGAUUACAAGAUGGAACUCUGGCCCGGUUAUGUCACGUCGAUACGACAGCAUGAACAGAAUAUACUAAUGUGUGUCGAGAUAACUCACAAGGUCAUGCGCAAAGAGACGGCGUUGGAUUUGAUGUACGAAUGCAUGAACCGAAAUAAGCAAGAAUGGAAGGCGUUGUUUGAAGCCGCAGUCAUCGGCUCUGUAGUCCUCACUGAGUACAACAAUCGUACAUACAGAGUUGACGAUAUUGAUUUUGAUACAAGGCCGGAUUCAAAAUUCAAACUGAGGAACAACGAAGAAUGCUCUUACAUCGAAUAUUACAUGAAGAGAUACGAAUUGAGAAUCCGUGCGAGAGACCAGCCGAUGCUGGUGUCGAAAGCGAAGCCGAGGGAAAUCCGUGCUGGUAUGACAGAGAUCAUCUACCUCGUCCCCGAACUAUGCAAGCUGACAGGAUUGACAGACGACAUGAGAUCAAAUUUCCAAUUGAUGAGGGCGCUUGCAGAACACACGAGGGUCCAACCACAGUCAAGAAUAGAUAAGCUGAACAGCUUCAGCAACAGAUUACGAAUAAACAAAAACGUCCAGGAUGACUUGACGUGUUGGAAUAUGAAAUUGGCUCCGGAACUCGUCAAGUUCCAAGGCCGUAUCAUUCCGCAGGAGACGAUAACAUACGGAUCCGGAUCGCAGCUGGCAGCCGGUAAAGAAGCGGACUGGACCAAGUCGAUGAGAAACCACCCGAUGCUCGUAAUGGGCAAUUUGAAAAACUGGGCGAUAUGUUAUGUUGCGAGGGCCAAGGCUGACGUUCACAGUUUCCUAGCCUCUCUGACCAAAUCGGCCAUAUCAUUGAGAUUCACAAUCCCACAACCUUUAAUGAGGGAGUUACAUGACGAUCGAUGCGGCACUUACAUAGAUGCACUUGAUCAGCUGAUAUCGCAGAAGAAUCCGCAGCUUAUAAUGUGCAUUGUGCCGAACAACAGGGCCGACAGGUACAGUGCCAUUAAGAAGAAGUGCUGCGUCGACAGGGCCGUCCCAACGCAAGUUGUCGUCGCGAAGAAUUUAACGUCAAAAGGCGUCAUGUCUAUAGCGACUAAAAUCGCUGUACAAAUCAACUGUAAAAUCGGCGGGACACCUUGGUCCGUGAACAUACCGUUGUUGGGUUUGAUGGUUGUUGGGUAUGACGUCUGUCACGACACAAUGAAUAAAGGUCGAUCGUACGGUGCAAUGGUGGCAUCGUUGAACAGCACUCUAUCGAGAUAUUAUUCAACGGCGACGCCCCACACGAGCGGCGAGGAAUUAUCAAACGACCUGUCCAUAAAUUUAGUCAAGGCCAUGGUCAAAUAUCGGCAGUACAACGACGGCAAACUCCCGGCUUACGUUAUGAUAUACAGAGAUGGUGUUGGUGAGGGGCAAAUCCCUUUUGUCUUUUCCCACGAAGUCCAGAUUAUAAAAGAAAAACUCAUGGCACUGUACAACGGAGCCUUGCCGAAAAUGGCUUUCAUUAUCGUCACAAAGCGUUUGAACACAAGAAUAUUUCACCAGAACAAAAAUCCACCUCCAGGGACAGUCAUCGACGAUUGUAUCACCAGCCCUGAAAAGUACGAUUUCUUCUUGGUUUCACAAUCCGUGAGGCAGGGAACAGUCAGCCCGACAGCAUACAACGUCAUUGACGAUUCGAGCCAGCUCAGCCCGGACAGGAUGCAGAGACUCACUUACAAAAUGACUCAUUUGUAUUUCAACUGGAGUGGUACCGUCAGAGUACCCGCUCAGUGCCAGUAUGCACACAAGCUUGCCUUUCUAGUCGGUCAGUCGCUCCACAGGUCGCCCAACGUCGGACUGGAAGAUCUCUUGUAUUUCUUGUAAAUUUUCUUUCUUUCGAUGGACUUUUAAGUUUCACAGUUCAAUUUUAUACAUUUUUAAACUU